UAGCUGCCGGGGUCGUGUCGGCGGUCAGUCUUCAGCACCCGCAGGCAGUCGUCAGCUCGCCGGCAGCCAUGGAGACGUGCGGGAUGAGCAUCAUGAAGUACCUGCUCUUCAUCUUCAACUUCCUCUUCGUGGUGUGCGGGAUAGGCAUCGUGGCGGCCGGCGGAGUGGUGCUGUACGCGGUGCGGGAACACGGUCACUUCAUGACCAGCCCGCUGCUGGCCACGCCCGUCGUCAUCAUCAUCGUGGGCUGCCUCAUCUUCCUGGUCGCCUUCCUGGGCUGCUGCGGCGCCGUGCGCGAGAGCUACAACAUGCUGCUGGCCUUCGCCGUGCUGCUGCUGGUGAUCUUCGUGGCGCAGAUGGCCGCCGGCAUCGCCGCCGGAGUGGCCAAGGACGACCUGAGCCGCGCGCUCAAGGACUCCAUGAGGGACUCCAUGGACGACGCCGCGCACGCCAGGGAGGCGGACGUCGAGGCCUGGGACCGGCUGCAGAAGGAGCUCAAGUGCUGCGGCGUGGACGGGCCCGGCGACUGGACCAACAUGUCGCAGCCGGUGCCGGCGUCGUGCUGCGACGAGGGCGCGGCCGAGUGCAAGGCGGCCGCCGCGCACCCCAGGGGCUGCCUGGAGAAGCUCAAGGCCAGCGCCAGGGACGGCGCCGUCGUGAUCGCGGGCGUCGGCAUAGGGCUGGCCUUCGUCGAGGUUGUUGGCAUAGUCUUCGCGUUUUGUUUGGCCACAGCUAUAAAGAACGGAGAGGCGAAAUGAAGGAAACCAGUAUACGAAGAAGAUAUUUCGUUACAGACAGUGUACACAUUCGAGGAUCUGUAAAGUGUUAUAAGUGUUUUCAAGUUACUAUAUAGCUCAUUUUAUUGAACAUUCCAUCCGUGGGUGGUUAGAUGAUGUCAAGUACCUGGUGUUGUACUGCGUUGAAAUUCUUGCUGUAGCCCAACAGGCGGAAUAACACACCUUUGGUGAUCUCAAAAAAACCGCUGCCGUAUGACUAAGUCAUCAUGCCCUCGAGACGAUGCUGUAGUUAACAAAAACAUGCCAAGCUAUUUUAGAAGGUUUGGAGAUCACUAAACUCUUGGCUGUACGGGUGUGUUUACUUGCCCAUCCAACCUCCCCCCCCCCCAUCCUUUUCGUUUCAUAGCGGUUGAUGUUUUUGUGUCAUAAAAAUUCAAUCGUAUUGAUAUACUAAACCAAUGGUAAAAUGGUUUUUCCAAAUUGUUUAGCGUACACAAAUUUGAAACUUUUUUUUCACACCUGAAAUUAAUAUUCCAUUUUAUGACAUUUACAACCAAUUUAUUCCAAUAUAAAUUGAUUUAUAUGAAUUUAUAAUCAAACCGCUUAAUUAAUAUAAAAAGUAAUUAAUUUAUUCAAUCUAGUGAUAUAAAUAUUUUUUUUAUGUUUGUCACCAAUUCUUCAAAGUUCCAUUUCAUGUAUAUUUGGUAAUCAGUAUAUAUUCGAUUUUACUCUUUUAUUCUGCUAUUUUUAACAGCCGUGCAACUGGGACCGUAAUUUAAACUUUAAUUAGGAAUUCCGACGCAGUUAAACGCCAGUCUGACAUAAUUUUACUAAACUAUUCAUUGCAGAUGGUACAUAGACUAGGUGUUUGGAUUUGCAUGUAUGAAUUUUAUUUUUAUGUUAGAAGGAAUGUAUUUUUAUAACAUCCCAUGACUUGAAUACGACAUAAAAUCAGUUAACGCCUUACAAUAUAUUGGAUUGCUGCCCCAGAUAUACGCUGAAGGAGUAAUGCCCAGUUCAUAAGGAUAUGUAUUUUAACUGCUAUUGAAUUUUUUUUUUAAUUUUUUAAACCUGCAAUUUUUCAUUUAUCAUUUUGAUAAAUAUAUUUUGAGAAACCGGUACAAUAACACUUUCUGGAAAGUUUGUCAAAACAAGACUCGAAAAAAUAAUAUUUUAACAGAAUAAUUCGAAUCUAGAAAAUUUGAGAGAAAUAAAAUAUUCGUACUUAUGUGCAUUGCUCUGUUUAAGAGGUCCAACGACGUACUAGAGUUUUACAUUGUACAGUAAAUAUUAGUCUAGUUGUUAAAACUUUGUGUGAUUUUUGCAGAGUAGAGAGUUUUGUGCUUGCGGUAUAGAAAACUAUCAUUAGUUUCAUGCUUCGUAAACUUUCAUUAAAAGUGUAAUUAUCUUGUUAAGUCUACACUGUUGUUCUUUUAGUCGAUAACUCGGUGGAGUUGCAAUGCAACUUGAUGUAAUUAGUUAAUAUUGACCUAUUGUGUUUCACAUUAUAGUAGUGUACUAAUAUUAGAAAUUUGGUUGUAUAAAAAAAUUAAGGGUAUGAUAGACGUGAAGAACUCGUUGGAAAUCUCUAGGUCUAGGUUAUGAACGAUCUUACAUGAAAAGGAUGAAGAUUUAUUUCAAUGAUUCUUCUGAACACGUAACCUAAAAUCGUAUUGUUUGUACCUUAAAAUUGUAUUUUUGAAAUUCUACAUCAAUAUGUGAAAUAGUAUUUUGUGUGUUUAAAAAAAUAUAAAUACAGAGACGUUUUCGAAUCAAAACAUUGCAAUAUUUUACUUUAAUAAGUUGUGUUUAAAUGAUAUUUUCAGUAUAUAUUUAACAAUUAUUUGUAACUACAAAUUAACAGAAGUAAUUAAUUACACUCACAUGUCCUUCAAAAUGAAGGACAUCGUAGAAAAUAAUAAAAGUAAUAAUAAUAAAUGUUGAAAGAAAUAUGACACUGUCACUAGACCUUAAAGACCUAAUACGAACAACGUAUGUGAGCAUAUAUCUUGUACAUCGUGGUAUUUUCGAUAUCUGCAAUAUUCACAUUUUACCAAUAUUUGUGAUAGCAUUAAUAUUUGCGUAUUUAUCUAAAUUUGUUGUUGGUAUUGGCGUUGCCAGAGCAGCUCUUCUUGUAAACCUACGAAUUCACCUUAACUUUAACAUAUAUUUUAAAAAAACGUCGUGUUGACAUUUUCUACGUCAGUUUAACUGGCAUCUGUUGUUGUAGGCGAGAUGGCUAUGUUUUCCACAUUUGCUAUACAUUACCGCAGAAGUUCAAAAAUUUUAUUCAUAUAUAAAUCGCAUCAAUAAAAAAAGGUGGUACAAUUUUCAUGUAUUUUAACAGCAUUGCAAUAGGAUAUCACACAAACCUACACCCAAACUGGUAGCGAUUGCUUGGAAUGUUUGAUUCACUUGAAAAGCUGGCAUGAGCUGGCUCGAAGGAUGGCGAUGCAUGAUGCAGACCGUGCUCGCCUAAGUUGCAUUAGACAACAACUGCAUUAUAAAGCAACUGCAUUAUACAGCAACUGCAUUUUUGUUUGUGAUAAAAAUAAAUUUAAUCAGAGUACGUAACAACUAUGGUUCAAACAAUUCUAAGUAAAAAAAAUUAAAUAAGAAAUUACGUGCAGUUUUUAAGAGAUUCUAAUAGGAUCCGGGCACCAUGUUAAAAAUAAGUUUGUCCGUAGCUUAUUUAGGCCCUUUAAAUCAUUGGCAAUAUUAUUUAUUAAACCCCUUAAAAAACAUAAGAUUUUUGGUUAUUGCCAAACGAAAUGAAAAGCGUAACUAAAUGCUUUGUAUAUUUAUAAAUUGAAUUGUAUGUAAUUACGACUGUAAUAAAAUGUUUAACUCAUUUAAGUU